CCAAAACCAAAGCCAAACGACUCUAUCCUUACCUUUCCAUUAUCAUAUCAUCAGAAAAUCAACAAUACAAAAUAGAGAAGUGACACCAAAGCAAAUAGAGCAUUCUUAGUUGGAGACGAGUAUAUAAAAUAAAAUAAAUUGACGACAAAACUAAUUAAAUCUCACUCUUUUUCCUUAUACUUUCUUACCGGCGAGACAAUCCAACGCUCUUCUUCCCUACCACCGAUUAUCGUCGGGAUCACGCCUCUUCUCUCUAUCUCUCCUCCAUUUUUUAAACCCUAAUCUAUCUCUAUCCCUCCCUAAUCUGCAGAAACAAAAUUACAUUGUUCAAAGUUCUUCUAUUUGUGAACUUUUCUCGAGAUUAGUUUAUGAUCACUUAGAAUGAUAAUUUUGUUGCUCUGAUUGUUUAAUGAUGUGGUUUUCCUUCUGGAGAUCCAGAAAUCGAUUUUCCUUGGAGGAACUCAGAUAUUUGAUUGAUCAGCUACAAAAGGUUCAAAUUGUAAAUGAAGUUAACAAGGAUUUUGUAAUUGAGGCUCUGAGAUCGAUCGCAGAAUUGGUAACAUACGGAGACCAGCAUGACCCAGCCUUCUUUGAUUUGUUUAUGGAGAAGCAAGUCUUGGGUGAGUUUGUGCGUAUUUUGAAGAUCAGUAAAACUCUGACAGUUUCGCUCCAGUUACUUCAGACAAUAGGCAUCAUGAUUCAAAAUUUGAAAAAUGAACAUGCUAUAUAUUAUCUCUUCAGCAAUGAGCAUAUUAACUAUCUUAUAAGUUAUUCCUUCGACUUCCGGAAUGAAGAGCUGUUAUCAUAUUAUAUAUCCUUUUUAAGAGCAAUAAGCGGGCAUUUGAACAAGAGCACAAUAUCUUUGCUUGUGAAGACUCAGAAUGAUGAGGUCGUAUCGUUUCCAUUGUAUGUUGAAGCAAUUCGGUUUGCGUUCCAUGAAGAGAGUAUGAUAUGUAUUGCUGUACGUGCAUUGACGCUAAAUGUUUACCAUGUGGGAGAUGAGGGUGUUGAUAGAUACAUCACAAGUGGUUCACUGGCUAAUUACUUCACAGAUUUAGUUAUUUUUUUCAAAAAGCAGUGCUUGACUUUAAGUGAUUUAGUUGUACAAACUUCAAGGGAAUCCUCAAAGGAUUUUUCGUCUAGCAUUGUUGCUUCUAUGGAUGAAAUUGAGGAUAACCUGUACUAUUUCAGUGACGUUAUCUCAGCAGGGAUUCCAGAUGUUGACAGAUUGAUUACAGACAACUUGUUGAGGCUUUUGAUAUUGCCACUGUUGCUUCCUUCUCUGAUUGGAGCUGGUAGAGGAAUUGGAGAUGUCACUUCUUUGUAUCUACUUUGUUCUAUAUUGAGAAUAGUCAAGAUCAAAGAUUUGGCAAAUACCAUGGUUGCUGCCUUCUUUUGUCCCCAAGUAGCCUUUGUAUCACUUCAAGAAGCUAAAGUGAAUGGGGAUGCAGCCUCUCACAACAGCCAACAUUCAUCCUCCGAAGAAAGUAACAAUGGAUGCACGGUAGAGAAUGGAAGCAGCAUGCAUGUUGACAUUCCUAAAGAGGACAGCUUGCAAGAUAAUUGUGUCAAUUUGAGUCGGUCACUGAGGGAGGCUGUACUCUCUUAUCUCAACGAUGGCAGCGAUGUACAAGUUUUGGGAUCAUUGAGUGUACUUGCUACGUUACUGCAAACUAAAGAAUUGGAGGAGUCAAUAUUGGAUGCUCUUGGAAUUCUACCAAAACGGAAGCAACAUAAGAAGCUUUUGUUGCAAGCCUUGGUUGGCGAGAGCUCUGGGGAAGAACAACUUUUCUCUUCCGGAAGCAAUUCCACAAAAAGUGGUUCUAUUAGUGAGCUGGAUAGCUACCUACUAAACCUCAAGGAAUAUGGCGUUUCUACUUUCUUUGAAACUAGAUCAAGCCCACGUUCGAGCAGAUUUCAGGUGCUUGAUGCCUUGGUUAACCUUUUAUGCCGGUCAGAUGUCUCUGCUGGGACAUUGUGGGAUGGUGGUUGCCUUUUGCGACAAUUGCUCCCUUAUAGUGAGGCAGAAUUUAAUAGGAAACAUCAUAUACUGCUCCAGGAAUCUUUUGCCAAAUGGUCCAGUAAUCUUCUCUUAGAGGCUAGAGGAAUUUGGGCUGAUUUCCUUAUCUCAGUUGUCUGUGAUGAGUGGAAAAAGUGCAAAAAGGUGAUGGAAUCCUCAUCCCCCAGGAAUAAGUUGAGGUGCAUGCUCUUGCCAUCAUCUUCUGGAGGUGUCAGUUCAAGUGAAUCUUUGGAAGCUGGGGAGAGAAUGUACGAGGUGGUAAAGGCAUUUGUACUUCAUCAUCAACUCCAAGUUUUCUCAAGAGGCAUAGCAUUGCCUGAUUUUGUGCCCAUCUCCCAUUCAGUUGAUAUACCUGAAAAUUCGCGUGCUAAGGCUAUGGGUCUCGACUUUGCUGGACCAAAGCAAGGAGUGGAGUUAAAACUUGCUGAUGCAAUUCCUUGUAGAAUUUCCUUUGAAAGAGGUAAAGAGCGAUAUGUUUGGUUGCAAACUGCUUCGGUUGGAACAUCUGGUUGGAUAGUGCUCAUGGAAGAACUCCCCUUGAGACAAAAUGUUGGAGUUGUUCGUGUUGUGGCACCUUUAGCUGCCUGUAAUCCUCAAAUAGAUGUCAAGCACCCUAGAUGGUUACACUUGAGGAUUCGGCCCCCAACAUUACAGUCAUUGGAUCCUUCCAAAACUGCUGCACCUGGAAAAGCAAAGACACGAACUUUGAUCGACGGAAGAUGGACUUUGGCAUUUAGGGAUGAAGAAUCUUGCAAAUCAGCUGUAUCCAUGAUUCAUGAAGAAUGUAACCAACAAACUAAAGAAGUUGAGAGGCAAUUAAAACCACUACUUGACCUCAAGCUCGAGAGCUUAACAGCUCUACCAGAUACUUCUUCAAGUCCAGAACCUUCAUAAUACAAAUCCUUUAUUUCGCUCAUUUGGGGGUGAUGAAAUUAAUUGAAUCAUCAGUGUCAAUCAGAAAUUAUACAGGGCUUCAGUAUGUUUCAUAGCGAAGUCAUCCAUUUGUACAUGCUGAUUAGGUAACCUUUAGCUUCAUAAUGUAGGUUAGUUUCAGAUUUAUACCAUUCUUUGUACACUAGAAUUUUUACCCGUGCGACCUCUAAUUUACCUGUAAACCUAAUGUAUACAGAGAUGAAGUAAAUGUAUAGUCGAUAGUUCUAUAA